AUGACGAAACGCUCAUUAAGCCCUGACCCAGCGUCCGCAAGACGUCGCAUCAAGCCCGUAUCCAUCGAAAAGAGGCCAUUCAAAAUCAUUAACCUCGAUGAAGGCGACCUAGUGCACCAAACUUGUGUUGCGGUCCAUGGCGAGUGCCAAGAGUUUGACUAUGCGGCAGAUACCAAUUUCGUGUCUGUCUCGUCAUCCAACAUGCUCAGCCGGGCGCAGACAGUCAAUCACUGGCCGUUGAACAAAGGCCAAUGGAAGGCGCUCCUACAUCACGCCGUGAAUUAUAUUCCCCUGCUACAGCUGCCUCCGCUCCAUCUCGCGGUGCUUGUCGCAAAGGAUUCGCCACUGCUCAUCGAUUGCCCACCAGCCAAAUACGGGGGCAUCUCAACUGCCCACAGUACCCUCAAUGCGGCCAUUUCUAAGCUACGAAUGUCGGCGUAUAUGUGGCAAGCUCUCACAGCAGAGGACUUCCGUCAAAAGGGAUUGGGAAGGCGGUCAUUUCGCCUGGAGGAAGAGUGGUCCCCCAACACAACCAUGCAGACGGAGCAUCAAGCGACACCUGGCACCAAUAGUCAUAUGGGAACUGUCGCUAAAGUCCAUAUUAUCCGGUCGGAUAAGACUAUCGCAGAGCUCAGGGAUGCUGAUGUUGCCCAGCAGAAUCCUCGAGGUCGAGAUCGGGAUGCCCUGCACAGAUAUUUUGAGGCCGCCCUCGCUAAAUCAGGGCCCCCCUUCGAGUCAAGCUGCCGUCCAGUGGUGGCCGGUUUGAUUUUGGAUGCUCAUUACUCCACCGAGCAAUCGAUGAUCAUGGGCCAUGCAGCGUUGGGUUGUCAUAAACCUGAUGGCAUCUCCUUGGGCAUCUUUGGCAGUCAUCUUACCUACUCUUGGCCGCGUUUCCUCGAGGAGGUCCCUGCCUGUCUGAUAGAUAUGAUGCCCACGGGUGAUACCGUCGGCAAUGACAAUGGUGAAUGCGACACUAUGCGUGGCGCGUGUUUUGUCGGCCAAGGUGCCUUUCUGCACGAGGUGGGCCAUGCCUUAGGUGCCGGACAUACUACAGGGAUCAUGGCAAGAGGGUACAGCAAAACUUGGGCGAUGAACUUCAUAUCGCAUGAGACCAAUAGCGCGGCAGAGAACGAUGCUAAGUGGGAUCUGCAAGAUGCGCUCAAGUUCAAAUUGCUGCCGCAUUUUGCACUCCCUGGCGAUGAGCUCGUGUCAAAUGACUUUCGGCUUGCCAAAGUCAGAGUUGAGGUUGAUUUCGGCUUGGAUAGCCCAGGUAUCAUGAAUAUGGAAGGGGAAUAUCCGGAGGGCCUCAAGGUGUCUUGUACAGCAGGCCUGGCGCAAGUGAAAAUUGAGAAUGGGGCAAACGAUCCCCUAAACCAUGAUUUUAUAGGUGAUGAAGAUGAGAAAGGUGGUUGCACAAGGCUUUCGUACGACAAUAUUCGUGAAAGGUUUGACCAGAAUCAUCCGCUAAGAGUCACUGCCAUUGGCAUGAAUGGUAAGGUGGCCAUCGUGAACGACUUGUGGGUGAGGCUCAAGGGAAAGCCCUACAUCAUCAUCCCGGGCAGUAAUGUGGCUCUUCGCAAACAAUCUGUUCGGUCAAAGGAUCUAGAUUCAAACAAUGAUGACCGAGACUUGAUCCAGUGGGCUAUGCUCCUUCAUCGCCGCGGCCAAGAUGGCCAGCUGCAUCGUGCGACGAGUAUCGACCUUCGGGUGGGAUGUAUCAUGGAUGGAGCAAUCGUCUACUAUGCCGAUGGGCAGCAGGCAAAUUGCGGCCCCAGCCAUCCUCAUCGGUUUGGUGGACACAGAUCAGAAAGCCAUGAAAUCCCUGCCGAGGAGACCAUCACCAAAAUCAAGAUUUGCAAGGAUGACGGCGGAUGGAGCUGCUUGGCAGGUAUCUGCAUGACCUUGAGCAAUGGAGAUGAGUGGGGCCAUCUCAACCACAUAGAAAAUGGCAGUGACAGUGACGAUAGUCACGACGACAAUCCCGUCUUCACUCUCGAGCCAGCCGAGGAUGAGGUUAUUGUGGGCUUCUACGGACAGAGUAGCUCGCCCAGUGGAUACACAUCUGAGUUUGGAAUCUUGACAGCUCCUCGGGGGGUGAAGCUGCCAGAGAAUGUUUAUAAUUUGCCUGAAUUCAGGAAUAACUGA